CUCUAUUCUGCCCCUCCAACGAUGACGUCGAAUCUGUAGGUUUCACUUUUCAGAGUUCUACGAUCUUUCGUUUUAUUUCUAUGUCGAUCCACUUCAUGUCUCUCUAAGCUUACGACGCGGCCUCACGGUCCAAAUCCACCUUUGACCGCUUCCGGAGGGCUCUAGAGAGAAGAGUCGUAACGUUGAAACGGAAGCCUGUCCCUCCAAUUGGCGCUACCUAUGACCAAACUACCUCGCAACCGCCUGGAAAUAGCGAACGAACUCUUUAAUUGGCUCGGUUCACAUCCGAUCUCUCCUCGAACAUACUCGACGACAAACCUAUCAUGGCCGAACAAACACAACCACUCUUUGGCCUCGUGCCCGCCGGGCAACCCCUAAUAACCCUCCCCUCCUCGCAACCAAGCGCAACAUCCUUCCUCUACGCAAUCCCGCACUCGAUCCCGUCCCCCGCGAACCCCACCCCGAAACCAUUCUCCCACCUAGCCGUCUUCCUCCUCCCAGGCAUAACCCUCCCCGACGGGUACGCAGCCGCAAUCUACGUAGCCCUAAACCCCGCAGCCCUAGCCUCCGGCAGCGAACCUCCAAAUUUCAAAUUCCUCGGCGGCGUCGGACCGGGGAAAGAAAGCGCCGUAUUUAAACUCUCGCCUUCGUCGUCGCCUAGUACGGCCGAAGGGAUAAUAAUCGGGAUCGGGGUUGAGGAGGCCGGGAGUGUGGCGGAGAGGAUGCAGCAGAUACAUUCGCAACCCUCGGAAGGUACUAGUACUGCGCUUGUUACCACUGGGAGUGGGGGAGGAGGACAACCGUCGACGCAAGUCCUCGCCCAGCGCAUAAUUCAAAAUGCGUUUAACUUCCUCGCUGGGUUCAGUGGUAAGGUCGGCGCUGAGGGCGUGGAGGUGAUUCCGCUGCGCGCUUUCCAGGAGUGGUGGAAGAAGUUCGAGACGAAAGUUCGGAAUGAUCCUACGUUUUUGGAGAGGGGGCAGGAUUGAUCGGUACUAAUUCGACUGCGAGUGGGAGUGUUGUAAUGCGUAGGGGGAAUAAGAAGCCGGCGGCCGAGCACAGUGAACAGAUUAGGGGAAAGGAAAGGUUAAGCGUACCUAGGAUGUAAUGAAAAGAGAAUUGCUGUCAUGGCUGACGAUGUCAUAUCAGUUAUAGCAGAGGCUACUUGUACGGUGCUGGAUAUGGAUGGCGCAAUGGCUGCGAAAAGGAUAUUAAGGUAUGAGACAAGAGGCGCAAAUAGAACAUAAUCUACGGAACGCAU